GUGAUAGGAAUAAAACUCCAAAUGGACUCGUUAUCGUACAUUCGGUGUUUCUUUUUUAUGAAUUAUGGUGCUUACACAGCUUGUACCUGCCUGUGCCCAUAGUGUAUCGUGAUUAUACCGUUACAUGUCAAUAUGGCCACAGAACAGGCGCUAGAGGCACGCGACGUCACGAAAAUCGUGAAUAAUUCGACGAAACCAGAAAGGAUUUUACUGUUUAGCGGCAAAAGGAAAUCUGGAAAGGAUUACAUCACUGAUAUCUUGUACAACAGAAUAGGUGCACAAAGGAGUACAAUUAUACGCUUAUCAGGACCUAUAAAAACACACUGGUCAAAAUCUCUGGGUCUCGACAUCAAUCAAUUACUGGGACAUGGAGAAUACAAGGAGAAGUAUCGAUUGGAAAUGAUCAAGUGGAGUGAGGAUAUAAGAAGGAAGGACUAUGGAUACUUCUGUCGUGCUGCUGUUGAUAUGUAUAAUGCAUGGGACAAGCCAGUAUGGAUAAUAAGCGAUAUCAGAAGAAAAACUGACAUUAAAUGGUUUACAGAAAACUUUGAGGAUGCAUGUAGGACUGUACGUAUAGUUUGCUCCCAAGAAAUUAGGCAGAAACGUGGCUGGGUUUAUACACCAGGCAUAGACGAUGCAGAAACAGAAUGCGACUUGGAUGACAUAAGUAAUUGGGACAUCAUGCUAGAGAAUAACGAUGAUAGCAAUAUAGAAGCUAUACUGCAGCAGUUAUUAGACCUCAUUAGCUAGCAAAAUUUUUUUCUAUCCUAUCAAAUGUGCAAUAAAC